AUGAAGACUUCUGCUUUCGCCACGACUGUUUUUGCUAGCCUGGCUGCGGCUGCCUCCCCCUACUGGUACAUCACCGAGCUUCAAUCCCUCGAUACCACUUCCUCCACGGGAGAGAGCACUCUUCAAUUUACAUUUGAAGAUGCAAGCACUUCAUUGGUUACGAAUUGCUCAUUUGUCAAUGUCCCAGGAUCUGGCCGCCCAGUCACCGUGUUGACUGCCACACCCUGCGAAAACCCGCAGGUGAGAUAUACUUAUAUCAAAACCAGCCAAAAGACUGGACAGGUCAACAUCACCCUUCAGCAUCUCAACGCAGCUGGCAACCUCCAAGGAAACCAGUACGGACUUGGAAUCGCCGACCUCGCUUGCCAAGAAGCACAAGGCGAAACAACCUGUUUUGCCGCGAACACUGAGAUUAUUCCUGGCCCUGAAACCGGCGCUUAA